AUGGCCACUGCUCAAUUUGCCCAGAUGGGCAGCCUCCCGCAUGCCCUCAAGCCGGAUCUUGAUAUGGAGUCGUUCUUCGACUUCAACCAGGGCACUUCUCUCAACUCUCCUCAACUCUCGGGUCCUACNCCCCGCCCUUCGAUUGAUGCCUCAGCCUACUACAACGCUCCCUCGCCUUUCGAGGCAGACGACGCCCACAUGUUUGCCGGCCCAAGCCAUGAAUACGAUCGUUUCAAGCAGCAGACCGGCCUGCCGGUUGGUUCUGUCGCCAGUUUCUCUGCAAUGAACCAGCCCGUCUCUGACACUUUCACCCCCAGCCAUGCCUUUGGCGGCUUCAACUCGGGCAUUGACGACAUGUCCUUUGACCCCGGCUUUGGUGGUUCGUGGUCCUCUGGCAUUGAUGUCGAUGCCGACAUGAACAUGGACUUCAACGCCACGCAGGCCAUUCCUGCUAUCUACUACCCCCAGCCCGGUCCCUCUCAACCGCGCACCGCCGACUUUGUCGAUCCGGCCUCUAUCGGAUCCAACGAUACUUCUCCCAGCAACGCAGGCAGAGUCUGGCCCGGCAUGCACCAGCAACAGGCACAGCAGGCCGCUAUGGCCAAGGCUCAGGUCCAGGCUCAUGCUCAGCAGCAAAGAAUGCAGUUCGAAGCUCAGCAGCAGCAACACAGACGCCUGGCACAACAGCAGCAGCAAGCACAGCAACAACAGCAACAGCAACAACAACUCGAGGUCAAACCCAACAGAAGCCGUGCUUCUUCGUACCAGUCUGACCCCCACACCGAGGAAAGCAUCUCUCGUCUGCUCAAUCAAAUGCGUCAAGGUAGUGCUGUACCUUCUGGCAAGGAGGACUCUGCCAAUGGCAUGCUUCCUCAUGUUGCUCGCAUGCGCAAGGAAGAGGAAGACAUGGAUGAAGAUGAACGUCUGCUCAACAGCGAAGAGGGCAAGAAGCUCAAGUACAUCUCACAGCUCGAAGGCGAAGUGGCCAUGAAGGCACAGGAGGCCAACGAUCUGAGAGUGGAGAACCGCAGUCUCCAAGAGGAGAAUGGCCGCUGUCGCCGCCUUAUCGAGGUUCUGCUGCGUCAUCCCUCGUAUGCUCCUUUCAUUGAGGACAUUAGCAAGGAUCCCAGCAUCGCUGGUCCUGUAGGUCAAGCUCAACAGGGUGCUGCUGGCUCGGUACCUUCCCAGCGUGAAGCUCCUCUUGAUAUGUCUCUGCUGAACUUGAACAAUGGCCUUCAGGUCCCCAGCAACUUCCAGUAA